GUCAAAAUGAUAAAGCCGCGAUAAGGUCGGUCCAAAAAAAAUCCACAUGUACCUAGGUAGUUUCUAAUUACCCUACCUACCUAUUUUAAUUUCAAAACAAAAGGUUUAUUUUGAUAAAAUACCAAAGUGGAGUACAAUCAAAUGCUCCAACAUUCCGUGUUAUUGCUUCUACUGUAGUCUAUUAUUUAUAAUAGUAGGAUAUAAUGGAAUUCUUUGAAAAGGCGCAUGUUUCCAAAACUGAGUCUCUAAAAAAAAAUAGUAAAUCGGAGGAAACGGUAAAAAAACAACUAAAACAGAUGCUAGAGGGCUACAGGCAGUGUGACAAUAAGUUAAUUAACAAGAGUGAAAAUGUAUACUUAGACCCACAAAGACUUCUAGACGAAUCAAGCUCGGUGAGCGGUUUUUCUGAUCUAAACCUAACAAAUUCUAGUAACGAGGGCGAUACGAGCCUAGGUCACGAGUCUGAUGAUGAUGAACCUACCACGGACUUAAAUUUAAGUAAAGAUGAAGUAAAUAAACAAGAUAUAAUUUCAAGUACCCUAAGUAGUUUUGACUCUAUUUCCGAAUGUAAAGAUGUUUUGGAAUCGUUAUCAGAGGAUAUGUCUAGUCAAGCGUCUGGUGAGGAUGAAACAGACAAUAUAUCACUGGUCAGCAGUACAAUAGGCACAGCCACAGACAUCGAUUCUGAAUCGUCAGCUUUGUUUGAUGCAGAUGGUGCUUUAGCCACAAAGAUUCUACAAAAACUGGAGCAAAAAAACAAAAUAAAAAAAGUUAAAACACCAAAACCAGUUUCAAACAGUAAAAAAAAUAAUAGAGUAGCUUCCAAAAUUAUAGUGGAAGAUUUUGAAGAGGAAUCGGAUAUAAAUACUGAUAACGAAUUUAGAUUGGAUGAUACAAUGAAGACAUCAAGACAAGUUACACACAGUAAAAAUGUCAAUAAAGUUCCUUCUAAAAUUAUAGUGGAAGAUUUUGAAGAGGAAUCAGAUGUAAAUACUGAUAAUGAAUUCAGAUUGGAUGAUCAAAUGGAUAUGGAUGAUGAAGGAAAUGAAGGUUCAAUCAAUAGUUUAAUCAAUUCAAAUGUUUCUUCACCAUACAUAUCAGUAUCUGCCACGGAAUUGCCUAAUCAUAAUUUUAGUGAUUUAUUGGGUGAUUAUAGACAUUCUACUGUAAAAAAUAUGUCAUCAGACAUUCAAACUGUUUCCACUAAUGACACUAUGUUUUCUAUGGAACUCAGUGAAAAUAAUAUAGUUACAGACAUAGAUGUUGAAUCACAGAAUGAAGAGGAGAAACAGGACUUUGAUUUUUCAAAAGAGUACAAUAAUGUUGCUACAAUUGAGUCUGCUAUGCGCGACAGUACAUUAGAUACAGAGGUAUCCUUUGAUGAGUCAUCAAUGGAGUCAGAGGAAUUUGUUAAUCCUGUGAAAGUUUACUAUGCUAAGGACUCCUGUAUAUUUGUGAUGAGACAUCCAGCGGAACUUUAUAUUCAUGGUAAAGUUAAAUUAAGAGGAUUGGGUGGGACGGUUGAAAUCUUUGGAUACACAUUAAAAGAUGAGUUUGUCAAAGUUUAUGCACCGAAUUAUAAUUAUGCUCAUUGUUUAAAGACUGUUGAUAGUGAGAACGCAUACUAUGGACUGUUCAGUAAGUUGACGUCAGCAGGCCUUUCAGUGUUUGAAGCUGAGGAAAUAGUUACGACUAUUGGGCCAAGUGAUGGGGUAGUCUGUAUGACACCUUUGAAAUGUAAGCAAAUGGACUUUGUAGAGGGCAAUUUUGAAAAUACAGAUUUAUUUAGCAAAGCAAACAGGAAUAUCAACAGAAAUAUGAGGCAGCCAUCUGAGAUUCUCGGUUGCUCACUCUAUGUGACACAGCCAAUGAAGUUGUUUGCAGAAAAAUCCAGUUGGAAUCAAGUUGUUAAACAUGGUCUUCGUCCACAAAGCAGAGGCAUAGUAUGUGGAGGGAAAGGUGUAGGAAAGUCUACAUUCCUAAGAUACAGUGUCAACCGUCUGUUGUCCCAAGGUCCAGUGCUGGUCAUAGACCUGGAUCCCGGCCAAUCUGAGUUCUCGGUGGCUGGCAGUGUGUCUGUGACAGUGGUCACCAAGCCACUGCUUGGACCUAACUUCACCCAUCUUAAGCAGCCAAAUAAGUUGUUGUACUUGGGCAUGAUCAACACAAUGGACAAUUCGAAGCGAUACGUCGCCGCGGUUUCCAUGCUAAUUGCGCACUGCCACGGCACUCGCGCCUACCAAUCAAUGCCCUGGAUUGUCAACACAAUGGGAAUGUGCAACACUGUGGGACUAAACUUCACAACCCACAUAAUACUACACAUAAAGCCCACAUACCUACUCCAAAUAGACUCGAAGAGUGCCAAAAAGAGAUUCCAGUGCCAUUUAAAUCCUGGUGCAGUGAGGAAUCUUUAUGAUGAUUAUAAAAAAAGUUAUUUGUUCAAUAGACAAUUUAAAGAAUUCACACCAGAGAAUCAGAGUUAUGAAUAUUCUUUCUUUGUGUGCGAUCCUAUGGAGAGUUGGAGUAAAGAUUUUUCUUUGGCACCAAGGGACGAGAGGUAUCUCAAUUAUUUGGCCUACUUUGGGGAACUGUUGAAGGCUCGUGAAGAGAAGACUCUUCUUGGAAUCACACCAUACGAGGUGAAUUUUAACGAGCUCCACAUCGGGCUGAACGUGCGCAUGCAACCCGCAGCAGCUCUGAAGGUGAUCAAUGGAAAAGUAGUAGCCUUGUGUAAACUGCUGCACGGUGACGCAAAAGUGUUUACUCUGAGAGAUAACCCGCUGCUGUGUUAUGGACAUGGUCUGGUCAGAAGUAUAGACUUGGAGAAUCAGAAGGUUUACAUCAUCACGCCUUGUCAAGAGCUAGCGGCCGUCAACACGCUAGUGUAUGCAGACUGGGUGCCCGAGCUGCGGGGCCAGGAGCGCCACCUGCCGCAGGGCGUCGCUGUGCCCUAUCGCACCACCACCACCAGGCACCAACGGCAGCUUAUGUGCGCCCCCCGGAGACGGUUCAACCCCUUACAGCUAAUUAAAAUGUCGAGGAAUUCCUAAUUGAAACUGUCAAUGAUCAGUUAAUAAAUUUGUAAUUGGAAUAGAUCCAAAAUAUCUUAAAUUAUAAAAGGAAGUCUAAUAUUAUGUUAAUUAAUGUAUAUUUCAAGAUAAUUUUGUACUUACAAUACUAAUAAACAUAACAUAGAUGA